CUUCAAACUCGCCAACAUGUCCGGCGCUGAAGUCAUAGGUCUCGUCUCGGGAAUCAUCGCCAUCGUCGAUGCCGCUAUCAAAGUCUUCAACGCUGCCUCAGAUACCUCCGGCCUGCCAUCUUCUUUCCGUGAUGUAGCCUCGCGACUCCCGCUCAUUAAAGACUCACUCUCCACGGCGCUAAAGGGCCUGCAAGAUGACCCCGAAACGCCCGAGUCCACCAGCGCUCUCACAGCGAUGCUCAAGGCCUGCACCGACAAAGCUACCGCCCUCGAGGCCAUUUUCCAGGCUGUCAUCCCAGGAGAGGGGGCUUCCAGGUUGGAGCGAUAUUCCAAGGCGAUGAAAACUAUCCCAAAGGGCGGAAAAGUUGAGGGCCUGAUGACCGGGAUGCUGGGAGAUCUACAGGUGCUGAUCUUCCACCGCACCUUUAAAGUCGCGACGAGGGCGCAAAUUGAGCGACUGAUCGCGGAAGCUGGGAAAGGGCACGAAAAUGAGAUUGCAAAACAGGCUUCUCCAUCCAUGGUAUUUCACAAUACUGGAUCAGGGUCCCAGAUAGUGAACUCAUCAGAUGGGAGCCAGAAUAUCAACAUGGGCUCGGGUCAACAGUUUAACGGCGAUGGGUUUUCGGGGACAAUCAACUUCAACUGGAAAUGAUUCGAAUGAAGCCUUUCGAAAAUUAAGAUAUAUAUAGCUGAUA